UUAUUGCCGGAGUGGUGGUGAACACAAAUAUAUAUUGAUUGAUGUUGGAAAGACAUUCAGAGAGCAAGUACUCCGAUGGUUCACUUUCCAUAAGAUUCCUCAAGUGGAUUCUAUUGUUUUGACUCAUGAACAUGCUGAUGCGGUUCUUGGCCUAGACGAUAUACGUGCUGUUCAACCACAUAGUCCAACAAAUGACAUUGAUCCAACUCCUAUAUACCUAACUCAGUAUGCGAUGGAGAGCAUUUCAGUGAAAUUUCCUUAUUUGCUUCGGAAAAAAUUGAAGGAAGGCCAGGAAGUGAGACGUGUAGCACAGCUUGACUGGAAGAUAAUUGAGAAUGACUGUGAGAAGCCAUUUGUUGCAUCAGGGCUAAAACUUAUUCCUUUGCCAGUGAUGCAUGGUGAAGAUUAUACAUGCUUGGGUUUUCUGUUUGGUGAAACAUAUCGAGUAGCUUAUAUAUCUGAUGUUUCACGCUUUCUUCCAACCACAGAGCGCUAUAUUUCAAAAAGUGAUGACCAACAGCUGGAUCUCCUUAUCUUGGACACACUUUAUAAGAAUGGCUCCCAUAAUACUCACUUUUGCUUCCCCCAGACUCUCGAAGCUGUGAAGAGGCUAUGCCCAAAGCAGGCUUUGUUAAUUGGAAUGACCCAUGAGUUUGAUCAUCACAGGGACAAUGAAUUUCUUAUGGAAUGGUCUAGAAGAGAAGGAAUCCCAGUUCAGCUUGCGCAUGAUGGCUUAAGAAUCCCCAUCGACCUAUAAUGAGGUUAAUUUGUGAACGAUUGACCUAUGGACCGAAUAUACUUCACUAUUUGUUCCCAUAUAAAUAGAAGGGAAAACAACACAACAUAGUUGGUGAUUAAGUACUGUAGUAUCAGAAGAGCCGGUUCAAGAGUUAAAUCAAAAAUGCAAAAGUAUAGUGCACAGAUGAUUAGAAAAUUUACAGUGCUUUGCAGUGUGAACCAUUCAUCUUAAUUAAUCAACACAGUAUUUAUCAUUACCCUUAAGGGGUUACCUUACGUUUUGUAGAACUGCUACAGUCAUGGAUUUACAUAGAAUGUUUUAUAAGUAGAUG